AUGGGGGGCAACACCCAACCCUUCCUGUACGACUACGACCCCGUCAGGUACAGCACCGACGAUCGUCUCCCACCAAAACUAUUCGACCCAAAAGCCAUCACAAGAGCAAGCUUUGAGAGGCCCAAGCCAAAACCCAAGCCAGAUGGCCCGCUUGUCUCAUUCAAUGUCCAUCCAGACGCCUUUCCUCCUCCUGUGCGCACUAUCCAGAGUUUCCGGCCCAUGGGCCCAAGGUCCAAACAAUGGAUUAUACAGAUGAGGAAGGUUCAGUUGGUCUUUAGGCUGCUUCAGUUUCUAGGUGCUGCUGGCUUGCUGGUGAUUAUGAUCAUGUUGAACAACAUCAAAGAAGUGCCCGGCUUGGUCGUAAGAAUUGCGCUUGGCGUCGCCAUAAUUCACACAUCUUAUGGCAUUUACCACCUCUGGCGACCUGCCGGUGGACGGGCGCCAACGUCUUCGGCUGCCUACCAUUUCGGUGUCAUCAUUGUGGACAUUGCCGCUUGUCUGGUUUAUGCAUUCGGCGUUUAUACGACCCGCAAGGAUGGCGCUACGUGGGGUACUCUUCUUCCCGACAAGUCGGUGCUUCAAUACUUCCUGCCGGCCGUUCAGUAUGGAUUGAUUGGCGUAGGCGGACUCCAUGUCUUUUCCAUCGGCAUUUCGGUCUUCCUCGCCAUUCAGUUCUGGCGUAUCUCCAAGAUGCCACCGGAUAUGAAUCCCCUGGAGGAUACGCUCACCUCGCGCGCCCAUAAGAGGAACAAGUCCUCGGUCGUUUCCAUCUCGACCUACGCCGACGACGACAAGCGCCCUGGUACAGUUGCUGGCAGCCACCGUGACUCCAGUAUACUCAGCGGUGACGACCUCGUCCGCCCACGCGCUGUCCCCUUCAUGCAUACCCGGCAAAGCUCUGACUUUUCCGAGCGGUCUUAUGGUAAGCGCGAGUCUCGAGUCACCGUAGACCUACCGGACCGCCAGUACCAAAUCUCACCCGGCAACUCACCACGAAGCUCUAUGCCUCCCCGAUCAUCCUAUCACGGCUAUGACUCCGACCAGGUCCCGUUCGCCAACCGUGGUGCUGCUAACCCCCGCGCCAGCAUCGCCUCCGGCCGACCGAGCACUUCGUACAACAACGGCGAGCAUAUGACCGCCUCCCCUACCUCCAUGUCUCCAACCAAACCACAACAGCCACGCGGCGGCAAGUUCCAAGAAACCUGGUACGCCACCGAGUCCCUCUUCAACCGCACCCACGAGCGCAACCGCGCCAUGAAGGAUGCCCAAAAGAACGGCGGCGGCGGCGGCGGCGGCGGCGGUGGCGGCAACAACAAGCGCGGCAACCGCGCCUACGAAGCCAUAACCGACUACUAUGACACCCACGACUCCGACGACGAUAACCAUCACCAAAAACUGUCUCCAGCCCGCGACAACCACGCAAAAGGCUACCGGAACAGUCACAACGACAACGACAACAACGACGACGGCAUCGACCUCGCGGACUUGCAUCCCAACCCCUUACGCUCCAACCCUUCCUCGCCGACUUUGAUCAUCGACGCGGCGCUGGAGCCCGAGAGGUCCAUCACGCCCUUCAGCCGCUUGCGCGAAUCGAUUCUUCGUCCGCUGAACUUGAACCCCCUGAACAUCAAGAAAGUUCGCCAACAACAACAACCCCAAUCCCAACACCUGAAGCCCGACAGCCAAGAACCGAUGCGCAACCGCGACUCGUCUAUCCAACCCGAGACUUUCUCCGUUGGCGGCGGAGGGAAGCCCUAUGACGAGACCUCCGACACGCCUCCCACUUUGCUGGCAGGCCACCCCGCUAAUAACCGGGUGGUCUCAUCUGGCUACGACCACGAUUUCUCGUAUGGCGGAGCUGGGUCGGCAAUGAUGGCUAUGGGUAGUGGAGGAGGAAGGCAGAGACAUGUCAGUGGGAAAGUUGCUGAGGAGGGUAUGGCUGGUGGGUUUGCGGGUGGUGAGAAUCAAAAGAAGGAUAGGCUGACGGUUACGAAUGCUUAG